AUGAGGAGGAUUUUUGGCUUAGGGGGAAAACAGGGCCGGGGCUCGGGAGCGAAGCAGAGCGUUAGGCAGAGCGUCCACCCGCUGUCCGAGUACAUUGUCAAAGAGGGGCAUCUCCACAAGAUCCACAAGGCUGUCCUGGCAGGUGACUUGGAGCAAGUGCAGGAGAUCCUAAACCGAAAGGAAAAUGUAGUGAAUCAGCCAGACAAGAAGCAAAGGACUGCUCUGCACCUGGCCUGUGCCAGUGGUCAUGAAGAAAUGGUGACUCUCCUAGCAGAGAGACAAUGCGAACUUGACCUUCGUGAUGGUCAAUUCAAGACACCGUUGAUAAUGGCUGUGCAAUGCCAACAUGAGAAAUGUGCAAAUAUCCUGUUGGAAUAUGGUGCUGAUCCAAUCGCUCACGAUUCCAGUGGCAACACCGCUCUCCAUUACGCUGCUCAUCACGGCAUGAUAUCAAUUGCACAGAAGCUGCUUUCGCUCUAUGUGAAUAUUGAUGCCAGAAGCAAGGCAAAAAUGACACCACUUCUAAAUGCCAUAAGUGCAGACAAGCCGGAAAUGGUGGACUUUUUAAUAAAGAAAAAAGCAAAUGUGUAUGCUGUUGAUGCAAUGCAAAGGACAGCUCUCAUGUUUGCUGCAAAACAUCGAUCAACAUAUCUGGUCGAGCGUUUUCUUAAUCUUGGUGUUAAUCCCUGUCUUAAAGAUGACUCGGGAUAUACUGCAGAAACAUACGCACAGUUUAGUGGAUUUAAUACCAACUGCGAACUACUUUCUAAAAGUGUAGAGAAAUACAAAUCUGAAAUGUCUCAAAGUAACCAUGAAGUGCAUAAAGGUUCUGGAGACUCUAUAAAAAGCAUUUCCAAGAAACCUAAGAGUGAUGAUUCACAGCCUACGUCAGGUGGUGACAUCUUAGGUCCCGAUACCAAGGAAGGAGCAAGAAUACCAACAUCUGCAGGAAAAGGAAAUGGUAUCGUUAUUGAACAAGAGCAAAUAAAGAAAGAUGAUCUCACUGGUGACAGAGUGAGCAAAAUAGAUGAACAAUCUGCGAGCUCCAAAUUUGGAACAGGAGAUGAGGAAACAGAAUCAUCUGGGGAGUCUGAGAGCAUCUCCGGUAGUACUUCAUUCACGUGUGAUAGCUCUUCUUCUGGAGCUGUAGACCAAAAAGGAACAAAUAAAGCACGUGGGCAACAGGAAGAACUAGACUUAAAGAAGACUCAAGAGGAAGAGCAAGAGAGGGUCUACGGGAGUGCAAAAAAACAAUCUAAGGUCGCUGAAGAAAAAGAACACAAAAGAAAUGAAAUGGAAACAUCAAAAAAUCUACAUCACGGUGCUGCUGUUCUUCCUGGGGACCAGGGCGAUGGAGUCACUCCAGAGAGCGCAAAAGCUGAUAACCAACAACUUCCUGCGAAGAAGGAAGGGCGUGAUAGUGUGAAGGGCACAAAGAAGAAGAAAAACGAGAAAUGGGCCUGGACAAAUGAUAGGGAUCGACGAGUUUUGGAGGCAGAUUCACCUUCUGAUGGUCGACCCUGCGGGAAUGUCAACAGUUCACAUGAAAUACACCCAGAAAGAGUCAGUACCAACUUUACUCUGAGUGUAAAGGACACAAAGAAGAACAAAAAUGAGAAAUGGGCCUGGACAAACUGUGGGGAUAUGCAAGUGUUGGAGACAGAUGAUUCACUUUCUGAAGGUCGACCAGAUGUGAAUAUUGUCAACAGUUCACAUGAAGUUAAUCCAGAAAGAGCUUUUUUACUGGGUUUCUUUCCAAGUAGUGAUUCUACUCUGAGUGUGAAGGACACAAAAAAGGAUGAAAAUGAAGAAUGGAGCUCGACAAAAUGUAGAGUUAUAGGAAUGUUGCAGGCUGAUCCAAAUUCUGCUGGCCGACCAUGUGUGAAUGCUGUCAGCAGAUCACGUGAAAUAAAUCCAGAAGGAGUCAGCAGUGAUUCUACUCUGAGUGUGAAGGACACAAGAAAGGAUGAAAAUGAGGAAUGGAGUUCGACAAAAUGUAGGGUUAUACGAGUGCUGCAGGCUGAUCCAAAUUCUGCUGGCCGACCAUGUGUGAAUGCUGUCAGCAGAUCACGUGAAGUAAAUCCAGAAGGAGUAAGCAGUGAUUCUACUCUGAGUGUGAAGGACACAAGAAAGGAUGAAAAUGAGGAAUGGAGUUCGACAAAAUGUAGGGUUAUACGAGUGCUGCAGGCUGAUCCAAAUUCUGCUGGCCGACCAUGUGUGAAUGCUGUCAGCAGAUCACGUGAAGUAAAUCCAGAAGGAGUAAGAAGUUCAACUUUGCAUGUGAAGGAUAUAAAAAAAAAUAAAAAUGAGAAGUGUACCUCAAAAAACUAUAGUGUUAUAGGAGUGUUGGAGACUGAUUCACCUCCUGAUGGUCCACCAUGUGUGAAUGCUAACAACAGUUUACGUGAGAGAAAUCUGGAAGAAGAAAGGAAACAAUUAAAAGGAAAAGAAGACCAAUACGGCAGAGGAGUUGAAAUGAAACAACCACUUGAACUCAAUCUUAGAACCCUGGAUGUAGAAUUGAAGAGUGCAAGAAAUAAUUUGAAUCCGGUUGAAGAAGAGCAAGAAAACACCAAGAGACAACUCUCUUUAGAACAGAAUAUGAGAAUAAUAAAAGAGAAGGUUCUGGCCAGUCAUCUUUGCAAACAAAAGGAGCUGGAAAUGACUGAAAAGAAAAUCAAUUCACAGGUUUCUGAUAGUUGUGAAAUUGUAAAAUAUCUGUGGGGAAAAAAUCACCGGUUGCAGAAUGAAAUUGCUGAACUACGAGUGGAAAUAGAUAGAAUACAAAAUCAGAACCAAGAAAAAGAAAAGAAAUAUGUUGAGGACAUUCAAAUUCUAAAAGAAAAGACUCGUGCUCUUCAAAAGACAAUAAAACAGAAUGAGGCAACAUUAAGUAAAACAAUAUCCCAGUAUAGUGGAGAGCUUAAUGUUCUAACAACUCAGAAUACAGAGUUAAAUUCUGAACUGGAGAAUGAAAAGCAAAACAAGGAAAGACUGGAAGCAGAAGUGGAAUCAUACCAUUCUAGACUGGCUGCUGCUAUACACGAUCGGGAUGAAAAUCAGAAGUCAAAAAGAGAACUAGAACUUGAUUUCCAGAGAACAAGAGAUGAGUGGUCUCGUUUACAGGACAAAAUGUAUUUAGAUGUGUCUAACUUGAAAGAGGAAAAUGAGAGUCUUUCUCAACAACUUUCUGAAACUGAAAGUAAACUCACUAGUCUAAAAAUUGAACUCCAGCACACGAGAGAAGAAACUCUCAGAGAAAAGACUUUGGCUUUAGAGCAAGUAGAGAGAAACCUAAGCCAAAUACAGGGUCAAGUGAAGGAAACUGAACUGAAAUAUCAAAAUAAAAUGAAUAAACUCAUGGGAAAAAUGAAGUCUCUAGAGGAAAAAUCAUGUCGACUACAAAGUGAAAAUAUGUCGCUUCGACAGCAACUGGAAAAUGCUCAAAAUGAAGCUGAUGCUAAAGCAAAGACAGUUGAUAUGCAGGAUCAGCUUUGUGAUAUUGUAAAAAACCUUCAAGUUCAGAGUGAAAAACAAAACCUUAUGACAUCAGAAAGAAAUAAGGAGUUAGUGGCCGAGUGUAAUCAUUUAAAAGACAGACUGCGUCAGUAUGAGAAUGAGAGAGCAGAAAGAGAUGAGUUAGUAGUGGUAAUACAGCUUCAGCAACAACUGACUGAUGCCCUGAAAAAACAAUCUAUGCUGGAGGCUUCACUGGAGCUUACAUCACGUGAUCACAUUAAUUCAGAAGAUAAAAUCCAGGAUUUAAAGGAGAAAUUAAGCCAAAUGAGAAGUCAAUUGCAAGAAGCACAGAAACGACAGGCAGAGGCUGUCAAAUCUGCUGAGGAGAUGCAAGAUCCCAUGCAAAAGCUUGAAGGUGAAAAUUUUGAGUUAAAAGUUACAUUCAAAAAGCAAGCAAAAACUGAAAAUCUUCAGGAGAACCAGGCUAAGGAUGAAAACGAACAAUUAGAGAAACUUACUAAGUUAAAACAAUCUCUGGAAUAUAAUUUGGAUCAAGAAAUAAAGAAAAAUGGUGAAUUAGAGAAAGAAAGAACUGGAUUGAAGAAACUCUUGGAAAUGACAAGAAAGAAAUUAAAUGAAUAUGAGAAUAGAGAAAUUAGUUUCCAAGGAGAUUUAAAACCUAGUCAAUCCGAAAUGGGUAUUCAAGUUAAUAUGCAAGAACAUCAGGUUUACUUUUGA